AUGUACACACUUUCUACCUGGUAUACCAAGCAAGAGUUGACAAAACGAAUCGCCAUAUUCUUCUUUGGCAUGUUUGGCGGAACGGCUGUUUCUCCGCUCCUUGGAGCUGCUCUGUUGAAACUGGACGGGAAAAAUGGCCUCUUUGGCUGGCAAUGGAUCUUCCUCGUCGAGGGUCUAUUCUCCGUUUCUGUGUCUAUUAUUCUCUUUUUCUUCCUUCCUGAACACAAGGAACUUCUUGUGUCGUCUAAUGAGGUGAAAAUUUCGGAGGCUAGAGUGCUUCGCCCAAUGAAGAAACCAUUGGCUCCCCCUGGAAAACCGCAUAUAUCAUUCGUAUUGGUUUGGAAGACGCUGACAAACAUACACAAAUGGCCGCACUUUAUUGCCACAGGCUGCGUCUUCGCUACAUGGAGUCCUCUCACAACAUAUACUCCAAGCAUCUUUAUGGAACUUGGUUUUGCUCGAAUUGAGGCAAAUGCAUUUUCUGCAAUCGGAAGUUUGCUCACUCUCCCAGUGAUUUUGCUUUUUGCGUGGAUGAGCGACAAAUCGAACAAAAGGGGCCUUACUGUUAUGGUUGCUAUCUUGGUCUACUUGAUCGCAUUAGUAAUUCUAAGAAUCAUGAUGCACCGUGUGGAUAAAUGGGGCAAGUUCGGACUCUGGACUGCUGUUAAUGCUCUGGCUGUGGGGUAUCACCCAAUCCACAAUUCUUGGAUCCAAAUCAACUGCAAGAGCUCGGAGGAGAGGAACAUAAGUGUUGCGUGA